AUGUCAUUCCACUCGAUCUCAUCCCUAUCCGAGGGGGACCAGCUCCUCUUCAAUAAGUACGGAAAGGGACAGACUAUCCCCCUCCCUCACUACACUAUCACAGACGCUUUUCAAGCAACUGCUUCUGCGCAUCCAUAUGCCACCGCCGUUCGCGAGUGUUUUGACUCUGAGAGGACGUUGACAUAUGGUGAGCUUGAUGAGCGUUCCAACGCCAUAGCGAACUACCUCGUUCAAAAUCAUGGCGUGGGCCCCGGUCAGAGGGUGGUCUGCGUUUAUUCGCGAUCUAUCGAGAUGUGCGCAUUCAUCCUCGGUGUCUUGAAGUCGGGAGCGCAGUACGUUCCGAUAGACGGCGCUGUGAUGGUGGAGGCCAGUCUGAAGCAUGUUAUUUAUGACUCAGGGGCAACUGUUGUGCUUUGUCUCUCCACCUUCAAGGACAAAGUUGAGAGGAGCAUGCCAGAUGGAAGCACAACGGCAAUUGUCGCUUUCGACGCUGUAGAUACCAUCUGGACGACUGGAAACACGCAAAGGCUGAACGUUAACAUUCAGCCGCAAGAUGGAGCCUAUGUUAUUUACACAUCUGGCACGACCGGGAAGCCAAAGGGCGUGGACUGCAGCCACAUGAACCUCUGCAACACUCUGCUCAAUGAGCCGGGCAAGCUUGGUAUCACUAUUGGCACCGAGGUUGCUUGCGUGCUGAUGCUGAGUUUUGACUUGUGUGCCUGGGAGAUUAUUGCAACCUUAAUGAACGGAGGCACCUUGAAUCUACGAGGACCUUCCCGUCGAGGAGGCGAUAGCGACGUUUGGAACUCAUGCCUCGGACGCGUUGAUGUUGUUAUCAGUACGCCAACUGGGGCUCAAAAAUACUUCCCAAAGCGGGCCCAAUUCCCAAAUAUUAAGACCAUCGUCGUGGGAGGAGAGCCUUGCCCAGUCUCAUUGGCGGAGGAAUGGUCUCCUCAUGUCAAUUUUUACAACAUCUGCGGGCCUACUGAAAUUACAAUCCUCAAUACUGCUCAACUUCACCAGCCCAACACAAAGCUCACGAUCGGCAAGCCAAUCCCAAACACAAAUGUGUACAUCUUGGACGACAAUCUGGAUCCCGUGCGGAUCGGAGAAAUUGGUCUCAUGUGGGUCGGAGGACUCAGCGUUUCCAGAGGAUAUGUCAACUUGCCGGAUCUCACGGCGCAGAGGUACCAGCCUGAUAAGUUCGCGAUGGACGGCAGCAGGAUGUUCAACACCGGAGACCUGGGUCGGUGGCUGGGAAACGGCGAGCUCGAACCUCUGGGCCGCAGGGAUGACCAAGUAAAGAUCAAGGGCUUCCGUGUGGAGCUCGACGGUGUAUCUGCCACUAUCGAAUCCUUCCCAGGCGUCGAGAAGGCAGCUGCGAUCAAGAUUGGGGAGGUGCUUUGGGGAUUCUACAGUGCAGGUGCCAAGGUGGACGAGAUCGCGCUCAAGGCUCAUCUUGCGACGCGCCUCAAUCACUAUGCACUGCCCUCCAAACUUGUUCAUAUGACAACUAUGCCGAUGACUCCCGGUGGCAAGAUCGACAAGAGGACCCUCAAAGAACUUGGUGCUGCCAACGAAGUCGAGGUCACCAAGCCGGCUCAGGACCUACCAACACCACCACCCACAGUCUAUUCCCAGGAGACAACUGUGGGCCUGUACAAGCCCGAAAUCGUGGAAAAGAGCGUCGGAAGCGGCUCGAUCACGGAGAUGGAGAGCGUCAACGAGAAGGAGAUCGAGCUGCCAAACAAGCACGGCAUCCACGGCGGAAGAUGGGUGCGUCACAAGGCCCUGUCUGCGUACAGGAAGCUGUUCAUCAUCAUCUUCAGCAUCAACCUCAUUGGCUUCAUCGUCAUGCUCGUCAACGCGCCGAGCGAGGGGUUACCAGUCAACAAUCUCGCCACAGCAGUAGCCGCGAACCUUCUUGCGUCGGUGCUCUUCCGCCAGGAAUACGUCGUCAACUUUGUCUUCUGGUUUGCGACUCGCUGCCCGACAUCUGCGCCGCUCUGGAUCCGCCGCCACCUCGCUCGUUGCUACCACAUGGGUGGCAUCCACUCAGGCGCUGCGGUUACCGCCACCCUCUGGUGGGUCAUUUUCGCUGUGCAGUCGACGAUCUACUUUGUCCAAGAUAGCAAGGUGUACCCGAUCAACGACGCCACUGUAGGACUUACUUUCACCAUCCUGAUCCUCCUCAACGUCAUCCUCGUGAUGGCGUACCCCACGAUCCGGCCCAAGUUCCACGACCAAUUCGAGUGGACUCAUCGAUUCGCGGGUUGGACGACCCUUGCCCUCGUGUGGGCGCACAUCAUCGUCUCGACGGCUUCUCUCACGCCUGCGGACGCUCCACUGGGCGACGCCCUCCUGCGGAGCCCUGCGAUCUGGCUCGUCACACUGACCACGCUGUCCAUUGCUCUGCCCUGGAUUCGAUUGCGCAAGGUCAAUGUGGUUGUCGAGCCACUGUCAAAGCACGCAGUCCGGCUGUACUUUGACUUCUGCACCCCGCCUCCUGGCAGGGCCGUCCGCAUUACGGAUAGCCCCAUGAGGGAGUGGCACGCGUUCGCGACAGUCACCGAGCCCGGGAAGGAAGGAUUCAGCAUCGUUGUCUCACGAGCUGGUGACUGGACUGGCCGCACGAUCGAGAAUCCGCCCACGCGAAUCUGGACUCGAGGUAUUCCGGCCUCUGGAGUCCUACGUAUGGCGCCGCUUUUCAACAAGAUUGUACUCGUUGCUACAGGAUCAGGCAUUGGGCCUUGCUUGCCAGUUAUCAUGGCCAAGAAAGUUCCUUGCAGAAUCUUCUGGUCCACUCCCGCCCCGGAAAAGACGUUCGGAAGGAAGAUCAUCGACGCAAUCUACGACUCGGACCCCGAGGCAGUGAUCUGGAACACGCGCGAGCAAGGGCGGCCGAACAUGGCGCUCGAGGCGUACAAGCUCUACAAAUCAAGUGAUGCGGAGUGUGUCUGCAUCAUCAGCAACGGGCCUGUUACCUCCAAGUUGGUGUAUGACCUCGAGACGCGGGGCGUGCCAGCUUUUGGCCCAAUUUGGGAUUCAUGA